AUGGACCCCGCGGCCCACCCAGCCGCGGUCCCCGGCGCACAGUAUACGCUGGCUGGGGCCCCUGCCCCAGGCCACGCGCAUAGCGCAGCCGCAGCCGCCCACGCGGCAGCGCAUGGCAGCGCGCACGCGGCGCCGCUGAACCCGCUUGACCUCGACCGGCUGUUUCACGAGGGCGACGACCGCACCUGGGACAUGGAGGAGUGGAGCUGGGACCCCUCAGAGCUGGUGGCGGCGCCGAACGGCGUGCCCACGCUCAACCCCUGCCAGGUGGGUGCGCCCUGA